AUGGCGAUCAAGAAAGCAGGCAAAAGCACAGUUCCCAGGAAGCUCACUUCCCUUUUCAAGCUCCACGGGCACAGGCUUGGCCCAAGCAUGAGCCAGGCGCAGUCCCACGUCCCUGUGUUUGCAGUGUCAACGUUGCCCGAGGUUCCAGCUCCAAGCCCCGAGUUGCAGGACCUUUUAUUUGAAUACCAGUUGCUCAACGUGUUGCAGUGGGCGCCCGCCAGACCCCGAGCAAAGAAGAUGAAGCUGAAGCCAAUCAACUCGUUCAUCGCGUUCCGCUCCUACUACAGCAGGGCCGUGACCAACCCGCAGCACCAGCGGGAGCUCUCGUCCAAACUCGGAGAGCUCUGGAGCCAGGAGCCGCGGCAGGAGGUGUGGGAGCAGUACUCCCACUCGUAUAACCUAUACCUCAAGAAAGGAGGCAGGCUCAACUUUGUCAGCUGGCUCCAGGGGGCGGAGGAGCGGGACGCUGUAAUAGAGCCGCCUCAAACGGGCACAGUAGAAGAUGUGUACUUAAUAUAA